AUUUUACGGUGAUAUUAUUAUAACAAUAUCUCGAUCAUGGACACUUUCAUGUGAACAAAAAUGUCACGAAGUGGUAUCUUAAGCCAACAAUAGUAUUGUUACAAUACAUUUUACUCUCGUUCAAGGCCAAAUAAACCCCACCAGUUUCUACUCUCAUCAAUGCUGCAAACGUAUUUGGACAACUUUACAAGUGAACCCAGCAAAGAAGCAUUAUAGUGUUUUCUCCACUAAAAAAAUGGAGAAAUGGUGGUGGUUUCUUGCACUUCUCCUACUGAUUGCUAUCCCCACGGAAGCUGGGAUUAAUGUGGGCGGCGGAGUUGGUGUCAAUGUUGGCCCUAUUGGCGGCGGCGGUGUCUGGAUUGGUGGAGGAAUCAAUGGAAAUGGGAAUCCCCCAGUCCCGUCUGGGUCUUCUCCUUCAGGCCUCGAGAGAGCUUUCACCGCCCUCCAGGGGUGGAAAUCCGCCAUCUCCGACGACCCAUCAAAGGUUCUAGACUCAUGGGUCGGCCCGAAUGUGUGUUCUUACAGAGGGGUUUUCUGCUCACCUGAUUCUCAAGAAGUUGCAGGCAUAGAUCUCAACCACGCCAAUCUCAAGGGCAAUCUCGUCCAAGAGCUCUCUUUACUCUCUCAACUCUCUCUCAUCCACCUCAAUAGCAACAGAUUCUCCGGCCAAAUCCCCGAAACUUUCCGAGACCUCACCGCCCUCCAAGAACUCGACCUCAGCAACAACGACUUCUCCGGCAGCUUCCCAACGGUCACAUUACAAAUUCCGAACCUCAUCUACCUCGACCUCCGAUACAACAGCUUCUCCGGCACCAUCCCGGGCGAACUCUUCAACCAAAAACUCGACGCGAUCUUCCUCAACAACAACAAUUUCGAAGGCGAAAUCCCCGAGAGUUUAGGAAACUCCCAAGCCUCCGUCAUCAAUUUCGCAAACAACCAGUUCACCGGAAACCUCCCGGCCAGCUUCGGCUUCAUGGGGACGAAACUGAAGGAGAUUUUGUUCCUCAACAACCAGUUAACCGGCUGCAUUCCCGAAGGAGUCGGGAUCUUCACAGACGUUAAGGUGUUCGAUGCAAGCCAUAAUUCCCUGAUGGGUCAUCUUCCCGACACGAUUUCUUGCCUGGAAGAAAUCGAAGUUCUGAACUUGGCGCACAACGAGCUGUCGGGGGUGCUGCCGGACUUGGUGUGUUCGUUGAAAAGCCUGGAGAAUCUGACCGUUGCUUACAAUUUCUUUUCUGGGUUUAGUCAGGAAUGUACGAAGUUGUCUGACCGGAAUGUGUGGUUUGAUUUCUCUCUGAAUUGCAUUCCCGGGCGGAACAUGCAGCGGCCGCAGCCAGAAUGCUCUCUGAUUCCGGGCGGCGGGUUGAAUUGCCUGAGAAUUCCGGGGUCCAAGCCUCUGGUCUGUGGGUCCCGCUACCCGUCGUCUUCUCCAUAAGGAGAUUUCAAAGCUUAAUUUCUCUAAUAUCCAGACAAAUGUUUUGUUAACCAAGAUUCCCAGAAGCACUAUUUUAAAAAGCAGAUUUCAUGAUUGGCUUUGGAUUUGAGCAAUGGAAGAAUCGUGAGCAGAAACAGUGGGAUAUAUAAAAUGGUUUGCUUCUGUUUGUCAUGUGACAUUCUUAUGGAAUUUAUGUGAUAUCUUUUUGUGCCGCA